ACAAAAUUGAAAACGGCGCCAACGGUUCUCAAUUCUCAAACAUGGGCGUUGUCUGAUUAUUUUCUUAUUUACUCACGUUGCCUUUUGGCUUAAAUUCUUUUUUAAAUACGACACAAUAAGGAUAAAUUGUCAUUCAAAAAGUAUAAAAUAAAAAUGAGCCUCCCAAUGACACAAUUUCAUAUUUUGCUAUGCUUAAUGUUUUCCUUUGUUAUAUUUACUGCACAAGAUCAGAGUUCGUGUCAAAUUCCACUUAUAAUCAGAGGUGCGUGGUUCUCCUGGGAAAAUGGGCAAAAUACAUUAACAGAAAUCAAUGGCGAAACAAUGUCCAAAAGAGGUUAUUGCGUUGAUAUGAAGGAAGAAUUUCACGUCAAUUAUACAUUUGUCUUUAAGCGAGAUGUUUGUUAUCAUUGCGUUAAACUUCUUGUGCGCACUGUAAAUGUAUUAGAAAAACUUGAAAUGAGUUGUGUGAAUUUGCCAUUGGGUAUGCAACCCACGGUGGAAAAUGUCUGUAAAGGUUUACGAGCUGAUCAGCAAUUGAUUACCUUGUUCUCAGAAAAUUAUGUACCUGUUAAUUGUAGAUCUUCAUUGGAAGGUGUAUGGCAAUUUGCUUAUCAGAAUCGAUUUAGAUUUACUGGAGAAUGUAAUAAUCCAGAGGCCCAAAUUCGUUCGUGUCAAACAGCAGGAACACAAUUUUUUAUAACCAAUCAAAAAUUUAAUAUAACUUAUAAACAAUGUCCUGGUAUGAAAGGAACUUUUGACGGAGUGGUCGAGUACAGUUGUUUGGGUGAUUGGUUUGUUGACAAAAAUCACUUCUUUGCUGUAGCUAAUACAAAAGAAUCGAGAAAGGAUGAAAAGUAUCGUUGUUUUCUAAAAAAUCGAGACGAUGACCUUUACAUAGGUGUCUCAAUAACGGCUGAGUGCAAUACUUUGAAAACGGUGGAAAAGAGUCCCGAGCGUCUUCGUGUGACUCCUGUGAAAGCUGAAGUUGUAGAGCCUGGAUGUCGGCUACCUCAAAACAUGACAGGAAAUUGGAUUAAUACAGCUAACAUAGAUGCCGAUGUCUUCAUCAAUGAAACGCACAUUAUCGAGACUUGGUAUCCAGACGUUGGAAGAUAUAGAAAAACAAUUUAUACUUGUCGCGAGCAGAGAGAUUCCAGAGUGAUGAUGGCGAGAUUAACCGUGGACGGAUGUCAGAAAGAUUACGUUUGCUUUGAUUUUGUGCCACAGCAUCAUAAUAUAAUUAGAUAUAGGCGAGGCUUGGCAGUUAUCAAAGACGAUUUUCAUACAGUCUGCUCGUGGGUGCAAUUUAAGAAUAAAGUUGAAUGGAAAUAUGAUUUAUUUUUAGCGAAGGAUCCGGUACCAGUUAGAUGUCCGGUUGCGGGAAAAUUCAUGUUCAAACAAAAGGGCGACGUUCUUUUUGAAACAAGAAUAAUCGGUGGUGUUACAGAUACACCUCGACCGAAUAUUUAUUGUAAACAAAAUAUUUCCGACUUUUCAGUAUGCGAUACUGAUCAGAAGGAAAUUGCAAUUGAUGAAACUUAUUGUUUAUCGGUUGAUCAUUUAGGACGUCCAGUUGACAUAUACAGCUGGCCUGACUAUAAGAUGAAAUGUAUUGGUUAUUACAAAGAAAAUUUGAAAUCAUACCUAAUUACAUUUGACGAACUUGAUCCCUACAGUAAAUAUCAUUGUUGGGUAUAUCAAAGAGCUGAUUUGAAUAGAGUUCUUAUGUCACAAGCUAUCGGCCCUUAUUGCGAUGUGAAGCAAGAUGUGACCAGUUGGAACUAUACCGAGGGUGCUGCAGUCGCCCUUGACUUAGUCGAAUACGAAAGAGAACGAGAUCAAUGUCCAAUGCAUUUCGAUGACGGUAGUAAUCCAUGGGUACGAAGUGAAAAUUACAUUCAAGUAUUUCAUUAUGGUUAGAAAUACUAAUUAUUUAGAUGAUCAUAAUUU